CCGAUGGAGCGUACGCAGUCUGGCCUGUCCAUCUCAUCCGACACGUCUGCCGUGGACUCGCCGUGUGCUCAGGGGGGCGACUGUGAGCAUCAUGAUCACCCGCCGCUGCUCACUGAUCUCGCUGCUGCCCGACUCGUGCGAAAGCAUGUUGCUGAUAUUCGCCGGUGGAAGCAUCGUGACUCACAGCAUGGCCGCAUUCUCAAGGCCUUGAUCAAUCCAAAGUCCAAGGCGGCAGAUUUCCCGCUCGACAACGACGCCCUCCGGAGCAUCUUCUCUGCCGCAAACGAGCUCUUCUUCGCCAACAGGCUGUCACAAAGGGUUACAUGGGAUUGGAGCCACCCGGCCAGCCCGCAAUACGAGAGCCAUAUUGUCGGCACAACCGCUCUACGCCGAAGCAUUCGUCUAGGAGGAUACGAGACGCUCAUCGUUUUGUCAUCGCCGAUCCUCAAAGACACCAAAUACAACCGCCGCCUUCUCAUCUCCACCUUUUUACACGAAAUGAUUCACAGCUUCUUGUUCAUCACGUGUGGCAUCAAAGCCCGACACCAUGGCGGCCAUACAGAAGGUUUCCGCCAGAUUGCCGAAAUAAUCGACGACUGGGUCGGGAAGGAACACCUUCGGCUGCGUGAUAUGGAGGCUGACCUUGAGCGUUUCAUCCACGAGGACGAGGCAGCGCCUCCUACAGUUCGCUAUGCCAUGAUGGACGGCGGCUCAGCACACAUGGCCAAUUAUCAUUAUUACGACAAUAGCAACAACAACAACAACAACAACCCCACCCCGAUGUGGCCCGUCGCUGAAUGGCAUCACGUCGAUAACCAAGACUACCGAACCAUCGAAGCCCCCCAGCCUUAUCAAAGAUAUCCCAGCAACAAUGAUGAGUGGGAGUGGCAUGAUAGGGAAGGGUUCCCGGCCCACGACAUCCCUUUACGCCACCACUAACGGCCUCGCAAAUAUCAGUUUGUUUGUUUAUCUGUUUACAUGUUUGAAUUGUUUGUUUUAUUUUCAUCUUCAUUUCCGUUUUCAUUUUCCUUUUCAUUUUCAACUUGAUGACCUGCAUUUUCUUCUGACAUCUCUAUUGGCGUGUAUUCCACGCGUACUUACUACGACUACACUUUUUCUUUGUCGCAUGAAAGAUGAAAGAAAGAAAAAUAUGACAUGAUGUAGACUUGGGAAAAUAUUUGGAGUUUAUUGUUCUUGUUUUUUUUUUGUUCUUUAUUAUGUAUGUUUGUGUGGCAUCGCUUAUUUGUAUUAAAAAGGUGUGAACGACUAGCAUUGAAUGAUUUCUGUUUCAACAUGUUUUCUAGAUGUUGUUUUCCAUUUACGUUUUUAUACCGAGUUUUUUUAGCCUCCAAGCAUUUGGACAGCACGGGGUACUGUCAUGAUUCUAUAAUGGGGAGGCGUCUGAGAUCAAUGUAUAAAUAUAAUUAAAUGAAAGUUUUUUGUAAUGUCCG